AUGCGUAAGGUGCAUAAAAACUUUGGUAUAGAAAAUCUAGGUGUACCCAUUGAUUUUGGGUCGCAAAAUAACCUGACUUUACGUGAUUUUAUAAGAGACAACAUAUUUUUCCCAGAUGGAAAGAGUUUGGAUAGUCGUCGAGUUAAGAGACAGCUUCCCGGAUUGGAAGGGAAUCAAGUAAUGGUGGGGACUUUUCAAGCUAUUAUGAGACCACUCGGAAAUAACAUUGGCGGUUUGGGAAAUGAACAGACACACGCCAACAACGAAACUAUACUUUAA